GGCAGCACGAUUGCAAUUUUUCCAAUAGAAUAGAAAAAAAGUUACUUAAUUAUUGAAAAAUUUACUGAAUUACAGAAAAACAAUGGCUUUCGGUGAUUAUCCAGCUGAGUACAACCCUAAGGUACAUGGACCUUAUGAUCCUGCACGCUAUUAUGGCAAAGCUGAUGUUCCAUUGGGUCAAGUAAAAUUGAGCGAAUUGGGUGCUUGGAUUUCACGUCGUAGCAAGAAUCCUAGUGCCAUUGCUGGUGCCAUGAGCCGUGCUUGGUGGCGUUGGCAACACAAGUAUGUGCAACCCAAACGCGCUGGUAUUGCACCAUUCUUCCAAAUCACAGCAGUCGCUAUGACUUUCUUCUACACCAUUAACUACGGCAAAAUGAGACACCACAGAAAUUACAAACAUCAUUAAACUUUGGAAGGCCUGGCCUUAACGUUAACCCGAACAGCAUUUACUGUCCAUGUAUGACAUGUU